GGCGAUGUGCGGAACUAACCGACAGUAGCGAAGAUAAUGGCCGACGAAGGAACCAGCGAGGUUAGGCCGCAGUUCGGCAAUCGUUAUCUACUCGACGAAGAGGACGUCUUCGCGCAUAAUGCUUGGGACGACGUCCAAUGGGACGAAGAGCAGGAAAAUGCAGCGAGGGAGAAAGUUUCACACAACGGAAUCGUGAAAUUCUCCAGUGGAGAUUUAGAACAACUUGAAACAAACGCAGAUAAACAUUGGGACGCGUUUUACGACAUUCACACGAAUAGAUUCUUCAAAGACCGACACUGGUUGUUCACAGAGUUUCCGGAACUCAAGGACGAAGCCAACAAAGUUAUAUUUGAAGUUGGUUGCGGUGUAGGCAAUACAAUAUUUCCAAUCUUACAAUAUUCCAAGGACCGAGAACUUUUCAUCUACUGCUGUGACUUUAGUGCGAAAGCAAUUGAUAUUCUUAAAGAAAAUCCCGAGUACAAUAGUAAAAUAUGCAACGCUUUUGUCCUGGACGCAACGGAAGACAAUUGGAACCCACCCAUUCCGGAAAACACCGCGGAUGUAGCUGUGCAUUUUGUUUUAUCCGCGAUACAUCCUGAUAAGUUUCAGUCAGUUGCUAGACAACUUUACCGCUUUUUGAAACCAGGAGGAAUUUUAUUAUUCCGCGACUACGGCCGUUAUGACUUAGCACAACUGCGAUUCAAGCCGGGACGCUGCCUCGGCGAGAAUUUCUACGCACGCGGAGACAACACACGAGUAUAUUUCUUCACACAGGAAGAAAUACGCGAAACAUUUAAGAGCGCUGGGUUCGAACAAGUUGAUAAUCGUGUUGAUCGACGCCUCCAGGUGAACCGCGGCCGCAUGCUGAAAAUGUACAGGGUGUGGAUCCAGGCGAAAUUCCGCAAACCGAUAUAAAACCGACUUAAGUUUAUUCAGCACUCUUUUGUUUUCCUUGUGUUUCAACCUCAAAUUCAGAGAUAGAGAGAUAGAGUAAACAAUAAUCACAUUACCAUGUACAAAACUCUAUAAAUUCAGUUAGGUUUAAUUUUGUUCCAGCAUGCAUUUGGUGCCUGUGUCACACAGUUAUGAGUUAUGAAGUAUGCAAUGAGUUCAUUUCUACACUUUUAUCAAUGAUUCAGUCCUAGGUUACAAUAAACUGUGCGUUUUACGAUUACAAUGCACACACGUAUGUAAUUAAUUCAACAAAAAAUAAAAAAAUAAAACAACAAAAACUAAAA